AUGUUCGGCAUGCGCUGGGGGGUGAUACUGUCAGUGAUACUGCAGGCUGCGGAGCUGGCGGCAGCAGAUGGAGACUCUUCCAUGAGCGCGCCGGUCGAGGGUGAGUCACGCGAGCCCUGGGAACCGAAAGCCCUCGCUGGCCAGCCGCCCCCGGUGGAUGAGCAGGAGGCGGAGAUCCAGAAGCACCGGCCGCCACCAAUCCGCACCACGGGGGAUGGAGGUGGCACCCGCGUCACCAUCACGCCUUUCGCCAGGCUCCUAGGCAGCAACCUUGCUGGAGGCGACCAGUCGCAGGAACCCUGGGAGCCGAAAGCCCUGGCUGGCAAGCCGGAGGAAGGGUGGCAUUCCUGGAGGAAAAGCGGGCAUCACUCCGUGGAUGAGGCAGAGGACGCGGAGGAGCAGGAGCCCGGUGUGGAUGAGGAGGAGGAGGAGGAGGAGGAGGCGGGGAUCCCGAGCCAGCGUCGGACGCCUUCAAUCCGCACCAUGGGGGAUGGAGGUGGCACCCGCUUCACCACCACGCCUUUCGCCAGCCUGAAGCCCACAUGCAUGAGGCUCCUGGGCAGCAAUGUGAUUAUGAGCCGGCCACUAUUUCUGCUGGGUAUUGCAGACGUGCACUUCGAUGUCGUUGUUGAAGCCAACUCUAACUCAGUACAUGAUCGUUCCGGGGAUGGAGCACAGGAGGAUGGGCAGGAGGCUGAGGAUCCACCGGCGGAGGAGCAGGAUGAGGCGGAGGAUCUACCGGGGGAGAUACAGGAUCCCGAGCCCGCGGCGCCCGCCGCCCAUCCGCACCAUGGCUUUGCGGGCUGGGGGUGGCAUCCGCAUCGCCACGGGCACCACGCCCACAGCCUCGGCCAGUCCAACUUGCAGGUGAAGGAUGAGGCGCACCAGUCGCAAGCUUACUGGGACACGGUGCACUUCAUGCAGCUGCACCGCAGCGACCGUAAGGAGGACCUGAUGCUCGUCGCCACCUCCCUCCUCACCGGUGUGGCGGUCGUGGCGACUUUGGCGGAGUGCGGGGCCGAAGAUGCAAACACCAGUGCGAUGUUGCAUGGCCUGAAGGCCGUAAAGUAUACGCCCCACAUGAUGGGCGCCCAGUUCAACGACAAGUACAGCUCGUUCCUCUCCAGCCUCUAUGUUCGGGACCUGGAUAUUAUUGCGACCCAGCUCGGGGCCAACGCUGUGCGCCUGUCUGCCCCGAAUUUCUUCCUCCCCGACUCGGGGAGCUGGAAGCCGUUUCUGGACGAGUGCGCGCGGCGAAAUCUGUCGGUGAUUCCAACGUUCUCGAUCUACGACUACUUGGCGGAAGGGCUGGCAGCCAGCGAGAUGGAGUCUCUCAUCCAAGAGAGCCUCGGCUUGAUGAGAGGCCAUCCCUGGGGAUGCAGAGGCCUUUAA